GAUAUUUUGUUGAUGGGGACAGAAAUCAUUUUUCACGAGAACAAAGAGAGAUUCAAUGUUGAUGGUUUAAUCAACUGCUAGAAUCCACGGCCACGUGUCACCUUUGAAGCUCCAUGAACUAUUCCAGAUAGCCCUCAAUUUUCCCUCCACAACUGCCUCAUCCCAUCCCUAUCCACACACACUAUUGCGUGUUUUCUGCGUCACCCUUUUCCAGUCUUCCUCGAAUCGCGGUCCAACUAUACCAGAUAAUAUAUAUAGACUAUUUGUGUACGUAUAGGUUGGUUGUGCUGCGACUGCGAUGGAUCACGAGGCGGAUGCUCACCGGACGGAUUUGAUGACCAUAACGCGCUAUGUUUUGAACGAGCAGUCCAAACACCCGGAAUCGCGCGGAGACUUCACCAUCUUGCUCAGUCAUAUUGUUCUCGGCUGCAAGUUCGUUUGCACUGCGGUUAACAAGGCUGGUUUGGCCAAGCUCAUAGGACUUGCCGGAGAGACGAAUGUACAGGGCGAAGAACAGAAGAAACUGGAUGUGCUCUCGAAUGAAGUCUUUAUCAAGGCGUUAGUCAGCAGUGGCCGAACUUGCAUCCUUGUCUCUGAGGAGGAUGAAGAGGCAACAUUUGUGGAACCAGCCCUGCGUGGAAAGUACUGUGUUGUGUUCGACCCAUUGGAUGGAUCAUCCAACAUCGACUGUGGUGUUUCAAUUGGAACUAUCUUUGGCAUUUAUGCAAUCAAAGACGGAGUUGACCCAAAGAUAGAAGAUGUCUUGCAGCCUGGGAAGAAUAUGGUAGCUGCGGGAUACUGCAUGUACGGAAGCUCUUGCACGCUUGUUCUUAGUACUGGAAAGGGAGUUAACGGGUUCACACUCGAUCCAUCUCUUGGAGAAUUCAUAUUGACUCACCCAGAUAUUAAGAUUCCCAAGAAAGGAAAAAUUUAUUCUGUCAACGAAGGAAAUGCCAAGAACUGGGAUGCAGCAACAGCAAAGUAUGUGGAAAAAUGCAAAUAUCCCCAAGAUGGAUCGCCAGCAAAAUCUCUGAGAUACAUUGGAAGCAUGGUAGCUGAUGUCCACCGCACUUUGCUCUAUGGUGGCAUCUUUUUGUACCCAGCUGAUAAGAAAAGCCCAAAUGGCAAACUACGGGUACUCUACGAAGUCUUCCCUAUGUCAUAUCUGAUGGAACAAGCCGGUGGACAAGCAUUUACAGGGAAACAACGGGCUCUCGACUUGCUUCCUACGAAGAUACACGAACGUUCACCGAUAUUCCUAGGUAGCUAUGACGAUGUUGAGGUGAUCAAAGCAUUGUACGCUGAUGAAGGGAAAAAAUAAUGAAGUUGUAAAUAUCCUUUUCAAUUACUGAAUUUGAAGAUAACUCAUAUAUGUAGUGAUACAUAAUAUUCUUAAAAUAUAAUACUACUAAUUUCAUUUGGCUCCUGUA